ACGUUAUAGAAAUCCUUCCAUAUUAUUCAUCACAUUCGUGAGUCUCGCAAAUUUCCAUCUCUUACCGUGAAAGCAACAAUCAAUCACUCAUUCGAAUACCUCCACCAGACCGAAAACCGAGCUCAAUAACUCGAAACCAAACGCAAAAAACACGAAAAUCGCUUUCGUCCGCGAGACUAUGAGCCGGAGAAAAUGAAAGAGGCUAGUUGGGCCGUUUGGCCAAUUCGCCAAUGCUUUCUUUAGUGAUGUUCCGCGAUAUGAAUCGAAGCGAGCAAGAGAACCUGUAUCGGACAUCGAGGAAGCUUAGUCUUGUGCCCAUCAGUCAUCCGACAGAUUCGAGAAGGCCAUCCGGGAUCAGGGAGGAGGCGACCUAUCACAACGAAGGAGCUUACAGGAGGCAUUCGUACAUAAGGGAGGAUUUCACGCCCAUUCUGACAACAGAAGAUUUUCAUCGCAGCGACAGUCCACCCCCUGCUUACCCCCAGGAUUUAGUACUGAGCGUCCUAAAAAGUCCCGUGAAUCAUACAGCUUACGAAAUAAGAGAAUCUAAUUGCGGCUGUUCUUCCAGUGAGGAUUAUUGUUCUACCCGAAAUAAAGAGCAGGAGGAUGACAGGUGUAAGCAAACCUGCAGCGAAGAUGAGGAAUGUUCGGAAAAGCUUCCAUUUCUACAACGGUUACGUGGUCAAAGAUCUCCCCGAACGCCUCUAUUCACCGAGGCGCACCAUCGCAGGGUGCCGACUCCUAUCAAACGCUCGAGGAAAAAAGAGAAAAAAGAGAAGAUUUUGGCCGAACAAGCAGCCAACGAAGAUAUCGACGAAGUGGACGAUAUCGUGGACCCCUCCCUAGAAGCUCCCCGUGGAGUUCCCGAUCCCUACUAUCCUAUCUACCUGCCCAUAGAUCAGGCCUUCAAAGCAAAGUACGUUUUCCAUCACAAAAGGGGAAAAACUUGCCAGGAAAGAACCUACGUGUUUUUGGAACAUCCUGGAGGAUGGCUGUGUUUUAUCUAUCACUUUUCUGUAUUCAUGUUGGUGCUAGUGUGUCUUAUAUUUAGUGUACUUUCAACGAUAGAUACGUAUUCCAAUUUCGCCAACGAAACACUUUUUUGGAUGGAAAUUUGUUUAGUUUUAUUUUUCGGAGCUGAAUACUUGGUGCGACUGUGGUCUGCAGGGUGUAGGUCUAAGUAUAUGGGAUUUUGGGGACGACUACGGUUCAUCAGGAAACCCAUAUGUAUUAUAGAUUUAAUAGUGGUAGUAGCGUCAAUUGUAGUUCUCACAUUGGGUUCCAAUGGUCAAGUUUUUGCAACUUCUGCUAUACGAGGAAUUCGAUUUUUACAAAUUCUUCGUAUGCUUCACGUCGAUCGACAAGGAGGUACUUGGAGGCUGCUUGGAUCCGUGGUGUUCAUUCAUCGACAGGAACUGAUCACUACGUUAUACAUCGGAUUUUUGGGUCUCAUUUUCAGUAGUUACUUCGUGUAUUUAGCUGAGAAAGACGCAGUUGAAGAAGACGGAGGAAAAAAUACUGGAAGUUUUUCAAGCUACGCCGAUGCCUUGUGGUGGGGAGUCAUCACCGUUACGACAAUAGGAUAUGGUGACACUGUUCCCAGAACGUGGAUGGGCAAAAUUGUUGCCUCUUGUUUCAGCGUAUUCGCUAUCUCUUUCUUCGCUCUUCCAGCCGGAAUACUAGGUUCCGGAUUCGCACUGAAAGUACAACAAAAACAGCGUCAGAAGCACUUCAAUCGACAAAUUCCGGCAGCUGCGAUGUUGAUCCAGUGUCUUUGGCGAUGUUACGCUGCUGACAAGAGUUUCAACUCUACAGCUACGUGGCAGGUGUACCUCAGUGAUGGAAAUGGCACCUCUGUUGUUCCAACCAGUAAUUCCGGAGCAGGUGGUAGUAGCAAUUAUAGUAUGCCGCUAUCAAAGUCCCUCAUAUUACAGGUAGCUAAGAAGGCCUCGGUGCUGAAAAGAAGGAAAUCUCGGAAUAGGAUGGAAGUGAACACAUCCGGAGCAAGAACGGAGGUGAAUACUCCUGGUCCGGGUACCCCGUUGGCGGACACGCCAAACGUUCAAUCAGUUAUGAACAAUCAGCCUAACAAGGCACUCUCCGAUACUGACGUUAUGUUCUUCAUGGAUGAACAAAAAACAGGUACACCUAACAGAAUCAGGAGAGGUGAAAGGGAAAGUAUAAGGGGCGCAGUGUUCACAAGUCAGACAAGUACUGUGACAGAAGCAGCUAGCGAUGACAUCGACGAUUUGGAUGCUGAGCUGCCAAGGGUUACACAGUUAACUGAAGCACACAAGAACGCCAUACGCGCCAUCCGAAAAAUCAAAUAUUUCGUGGCGAGAAGGAAAUUUCAGCAGGCGAGAAAACCGUACGACGUUCGGGAUGUCAUCGAGCAGUACAGUCAGGGCCAUCUAAACAUGAUGGUUCGAAUCAAGGAGUUACAGCGGAGGCUGGAUCAAACACUGGGAAAGCCAGGUAGUUAUCUAGCUGGUAUUGAUAGAGUAGGAAAUGUGAAGCCUAUGACGGUAGGCGCUAGGUUAUACAGGGUAGAACAACAGUUGGGCACAAUGGACAAAAAAUUAGACGCCAUAGCAAAUGUCAUAAAUAUAUUGGCACAAACACAACAGAUAGCAAUUCGACCAAUAGAAGAAAUUGGUUGAUUAUACAAUGAAAUGAAAUGGACUCCUAUCUUCUCAGCACUAAAAAGUAUUUCAAAGGAGGAAUUCUUUUUUUUUAAAUAAUCUCUUCAAAAUUCCAAUAAUUCUUAUUGCACAAAUAUUCAAUGCCAAUACAGUAAUGAAGAUUUUUCUACUUCGAACCUUUUACCUAUAAUAUUCAAACUAUCAUAGUACUGAAGCAAAUUGGAUACAUUUAAAUCCAUACCUCAUUACUAACUUGGUUGAAUAAAACCUUUUCGAAGCUAUUGUUAAAUUAGUUUUCGAUUCAAUUCUGGCCAAUGGUGACCAAUUAUUUCAAGUACCAUCAUCUAAGCAAAAUAUUAAAUUGAAUAAGCACAAUAGAAUAAGCUUAAGUUAAAUUAAAGUUUCAAAACAAAUCUUGAUAUCGUUAUAGUGAACACCUUCAAACUAUUUAUUUUUCAAUAUAAGUAAGUGUAAAUAUAACUGUACAUUUGGGAUUACUGUACGAAUAUCACUCACAUGUCAUUUGAUAAAGAGUUUUUCGUUACCUCCAUUCUGAAAUCAAUAAUACUAGAAUUUACAGUGCGAAUAUGAAUAUCUUUCCCAGCCCGCGUGAAUUUUUGAAUGGAAAGGGAUAUCAAAAAUGUCGAAAAAAGUUGGGUAAUAUAAUAGUGUUCCCAAUACCUUCGAUUUCGAUUAUUUACAAGCAUUAUGUUGAAAUGUCAAUGGAUGGGAAAAAAUCAAAAAUAUGAUAGCGUUUCGAAUGUGGACUCAAUGAGUUCUAAAUUAUUUCUUGAGAUUCAUAAACAGAUAGAUAACAACUACGGGAGCUCAGCAACGGAAAAGAUAUAAAACAAAGAUUACAGAAGUCAAUUGCUUCGGGAUCUUUUGUCAUAUAAGCAUAAGAUUAGAAAAAAAAAUAGAAAAGUGAAUAAUAUCAUAAUUAAUAAUAAUAAUAAAUCGGCUUUA